CCCUAGUAAGCUUAUACCAAAAUCCACGACUUUCUAAUAGAUAAGAACAAAAGGCUUAUAAAUUAGCCAUAAUUUACUGAAGUUAUAGGAAAAAUAAGAAGAAGAGGUGAAUGUUGGAGGACGUGUUGUGACGCGUUAUUAAGUGGGGUGUACCAUGAUUUCUGACACCCCACUGUACUAUAAGCUUGCCUAUCAUCUAUGACGCCUCCGCGAGACCCACGCUCCGCGGGACAGAUUCCGGUACAAGCCCAAUCGAAUUGGCAAGGCGUGACCAAAUAUGACCGGGAAGCUGACUCCUGCACCUCGUCGUCGGGCCAGCGUAUCUGUACCGCAAGCAGAAAUCCGAUCCACGGCUACGCCACGAUGCCAUGCCCAUGCGAUAUGUUUGCGAUGCAUCAAGGAUUUAUUCCAUUUGUUUGUUGUUGUUGAUGCCGCUCGGCGAGAUGGCGAGCUUCCAAGGAAAGAAACUAGGGUCGGGUCUGCUGCAUUGGUGGCACUUGGGGCGACAAUGCUCUUCGCCUUGUCUUCGUCAGGGAUGGGUCCCGGGCGUCCAGUCCGGUGCCGAUCCUUGCUUUUUCGGCUUACCCAGUUUGGGAUCUUGCUUGUUCAUCUGUUCGUCGAGUCUCAGCCGAACCGAGGGGUCAUGUACUGUAUGUCGUACCGUAUGUGCGAACACUACGGCCCACCCGUACGAAGUAUGCAGUCCCACCAUUCUUUCCGUCGUGAGGCCCGCAACGCCAUAAAGUGCUUGCGCCUCCCUUGUGUCUUCGUCGAGA